AUGGGGAAGCAACUUCGCAGUGACACUACUUCCCCCACCGUGGAUGUGCCGGCGGCAAAGAGAAUCCGGCGAAGCAAGACUAUCUGCUCGUGCUCCUCUCCUCGUCCUCCCUUCCUCUCUGCUCAUUCUACUUUCUCAUGGUAUGACGAGGACAUUUGGACAGAAAUUGCUAAGUUUUUGGAUGGAAAAUCUCUUCUUAUGCUGGCAGCAACAAACCAAUGGUUCAGCCGCGCAAUUAUGGAUGAUGGUAUAUGGAAGUUCGUUUGCAUUCGUGAUCUUCAGGUCCCACCCCCUCAACGCGUGGCAUUCAGUUGGAGUCAGCUGUAUAAAUCAGUAUUCGAUGGAAGCCACUCCUACAUGUUCCGUCAGCAGGAGAAACACAUUGAUUGGAUGCGUAUUGGCGCUUUUUCUUUUGAUUCUUCAGUAGCCAUCCUGGCUGAGAGGCUUUCUUUUCCGGGGAAGAUCAAGGAGCGUGAAACCUUGGAAAAGAUGUUGCGGUCCCAAGGUUGUUGCGUGGUAGAAAACGUUAAACCUGGAAUCUGGAUAGCUGACCUGCAGCUUGUACGAUGCCCAGUUUGUGAUCUGAAUACUUGUGAUGGAACAAUGCAGACAUUAGAUGCAAGGCACAUAGAACUAUUCCUCUGUGAAGGGUACAAAAAUGGGAGCUGGGAUUACCAGUUGGUGGGAUCUCAUGAUAUCAAGAAGCGAGCAGAUGGGGCUGCUGGCGCCAUUUUUGACGCCAAACACUUGGAGGACUCUUCCACAUCUGCGGUAUUUGAUUACAAGUCAUGGAUUGGAAAACCAAAUGACUGGCAGCCCAAGGCCAUGAUUGCUUUUCAUGCAGUUGCUGUGAACACUAAUUUACAAGAAAAUGAAGGUAUUAAUGUGAAAUACCAUGCCAUGAGGGCAGGACCUGAUGGAGAAGUUGUCUCCAUAAGAAUCUCUCAGCAGCUCCUGUGAUUCAAUCUCCAUAGUUUCUACAUUAGCCAUUAAGCUGCCUUAGCUUCUUGACAUUUUUUUAUACUACUAUAGGCUUAUACCUGAGAACAAUUAUUUGUAUGGAUUUUUCUACGGUGCUGAAAGAGAAAAGCAUCCGCUGAUGCUAAUGAUGUGGUGUCACAAUGUUAUACUUCAGACGUGGUCCAUAGGUAUUUUGACUGUAAGAAGUGUUGAGUGUUGUGUUAGUAUAGGGUCCCACAAGAAA